GGAAAUUCGAGGGUGACAGUGGAAGUUUGUAAAGCGGGUUUAAAUAGAAAAUGGGCUUAUAUUAUAGUCUAAGUUUAGGUGAUGACCGCUAAGGAAGAAUUUAAAUUGCUUGAUUGGUUUGGAAUGGUGGGUUAUAUCACAAUGCACUUGUAAAUUGUUGUUACACUGCGAAGAAUUGCAAAUGAUCCAUUUUGGAACCUCUCAGGAAAACACUUUCUUUCAGAUGACAUGGGGGCAAAAAUAAGCACGGGGGAAAAAAUUCAGCCUCGAGAGUUCACUGAAAAAUUUCAACGUUCAGAAUCAGAAGCCAGCGAUGAUUUUAAAACCAAACAACGGUCUACCACCGAUGCGUGCUUCCUGAUUUUUCUUUCCCUAUUUUUGACUGUUUUGCUAUGUUUCCUGGGUUAUUGCAUUUGCAAUGGUGAUAUUUUCCGAAUUAUUAACGGUUAUGAUAAUUGUGGAAACGUGUGUGGAAGGUACAAUGUGAUUCAUCACGGAGAAAUAAGGGAUGAAGUCUGUCAAGAAUCCUCGACUUGGUCUAAGCCUUACCACAUUGUAAUACGGAGUAACGAUUCAUCGGUUAUUGAAAGGAAAUGUGUCUCAGACUGUAACGAUAAUGGAGGAUACCGAAAGUUUUUCAACAGAUGUGUUCCUGUUCAAAGUACUAAAGUGGUCAAUACGUUUUUUUCAAAAACUGGAAUAAAAAAUUUCUUUCAAGAAGUUUCAGAGGACUUCCAUUUAUGUUGGCCUGAAUUUCUAUACCUUUGUCUUAUUGCUUUGGCAUUCUCUGUUUUGAUUCUGUUCUUAUUCCGAUACGUGGUAGGAAUAGUGGUGUGGGUGGUACUAAUAGGUGUCGUACUGGCCUGUUGUAUUGCCACAAUAAUUUUAUGGAUUUUGUGGAACCAGUCCAGAAGUAAUCGUCCGGAAAAAUUGAUUUCUGACGUUGAUUUUAGAAAAACUGGUACUUAUUUAGCAUUUGCGAUAAUUGCCACUGUGGUAACCGUGAUUGUAAUUCUGGUUAUCAUUGUGAUGCGAAAAAGAAUCGAAUUGGUCGUCCAGUUAUUCAAAGAAGCAGGAAAAGCAGUGGCAGCAGUGCCUCUUCUUCUUCUACAACCCAUCCUAACUUUUCUUUCGCUUGCUGUGGUAAUCACUCUUUGGUUUUACUUUUGUUUGUGGAUUGAAAGUUCGGGAUACCUUACUGAGAAGAAACCUCAUGUUUACUAUUACGAGAAAGAUAAGUGGAUGGUAAUCACCAGAUGGUACAAUUUGUUGGCAAUGCUGUGGAUGUGCCAGUUUGUGAUAGGGUGCCAACAUAUGGUAAUAGCUGGUACUGUGUCCGAUUGGUACUUUACUAGAAACAAGGAUGAACUUGGCACUCCUAUUCUCAAAAGUGGGUACAACUUGGUCAGGUACCAUCUUGGUUCAGUAGCCUUGGGCUCUUUUCUCAUCGCUAUAGUUCAGUUUGUCCGAGUGAUUUUAAAAUGUGCUGAGAAAUAUCUUCACAGUCACAGAGGCAAAUGUGUUGACUAUUUAUUGAAAUGUUGCCAUUGUUGUCUAUACUGCUUUGAAAAGAUUUUGAAAUAUAUGAGUCGAAAUGCGUACAUUGAAAUUGCAAUGUACGGCUACUCCUUUUGUCAAGCAGGCCGACAAGCGUUUAGACUUCUUGUAGCAAACGUUCUCCGAGUAACAGCAAUAAAUUCAGUUGGAGAUUUCGUUCUCUUUUUAGGAAAAGUUCUUGUAGUUGCUGCAACGGUGUUAAUCGGGACAAAAAUGCUACAGAACAAAGAAGGAUUGCAGCAUAUGUGGGUUCCUUUGACCCUAGCUGGCCUUUUCGCCUAUUUUGUUGCUCAUUGUUUCAUGACAGUCUACGAAAUGGCAAUUGAUACGAUAUUUCUGUGUUUUUGUGAAGACUGUGAACAGAAUGAUGGUAUUGCUAAACCCUAUUACAUGUCGCGAGGCUUAAUGGAGUUUGUUGAGAAUUCCAAAAAAGUUUUAGAAUCGCACGACUGCAGACAAAAAGGGAGUCAAGCGUGGCAAGAAAAAGUUCCAUCAAUAAGUGAUUCGGUUGAAAAGAAAAUUUAAUUAUGUGAUUGUAAUUUUGAAAUGCACAGUUGUAUGUGGUUUUAUAUUUUUCAGUACGCACAUAUUUGUAUGUAUCUAUUUUAGAAGAAGAUAUUUGAAUAUAUUUUAAAGACUUUUCUAAACAAAUAUAGCAUUUGAGAGUGCA